AUGAAACAAGGGAGCCUUGAGCGUGCAAUCAAAGUGAAUUGCACAACGACUUUAUUUUUUGCGCGCCUUGGGAAUGUCCGCAAGGAUGAAUUGAAGUGCUACUGUGAGCAGUUUGGACCGGUCAAAGACAUUUCCGUUAUGGUCGACCAAGACACUCAAAAGCCGAAGGGGUGUGGCUUUGUCAAGUUUAUGACGCACGAAGAUGCCAAAAGAUGUGUUGAAGAGGCGCCGAAGAAAAACAAAGGCGACCCCAUCAAGAAGAAUUGGGUGAUUGAAUGGGCCAAGUCAUCACAGAUCAAAGAGGGGGAUUUGGAUAAGACUACACUAUACAUAUCGAACUUGAAUAAAGAGACUAAUGUCGAGGAUAUGCUUCGAGCCAAAUUUGGGAUGUAUGGGGUCAUCGAGAAGAUCACGCGAAUAGAGAAUGCGAAGGGGUCGUUUGCGUUUGUGAAAUACGACAAAAUGGAGAGUGCAGUGGAAGCAAUCAAUAAAGAAAAUGGGAAGUGGUGGUGUGGCAAUUUGAUUGUGGUUGAAUUUUCAGAGACGAUCGAGUCGAAGAGAAGUCGCCGACAAAAGGCGACGAUGAAAAAACAGUUUUCGACACAUCAAAUCAAUCAAAGUCACACGUUGCCGGAAGCAAAAGCGUAUGACGAUAAAAGCGAAGCUUCUACACAUCGCGCGACAAAGUCAUAUACACAAUCACUGUCAUCACAACAACUCGACGGGUUGUUUCAUAUACAAGACGGCUUUUUUACAUCACAGUCACCAUCUCCUAAGUCUACAGCGAUCUCGAGUCAUAAACAUACCACUUCACAACCGUUUGAUAAACACAUCAACUCCAUUUCACCAUUUGAUAUGCUCUCGCCUCGCGAUAAUGACGACUCCGAAAGUCUCCCAAUUUUCAGAGAACUUGUCACCCCAUCCAACGGAAAAAAGACCACGUUUUGA